AUGACAAGUCCAAUCCCAGCACUGUCGAAGGGCAUAAAUACUAUGGAAAUUGGUGGUGGCGUAGUGCCAUCUCCAUUUCCUGCAGCAACGAAGCACGUGGCAGGCCUUGUUAAUGGAGUACAAACCGACCUUACCUCCAUAUACUUCGCCGAUAAGAUAUUAAUCACGGUCUCUCAAGGCGGUCGAUUAGCGCAAUGGAUACAAGUUCCAUUAUCGUCAGCUUCCCCAACUGCAUUCGACACGGCUCUACCGUCUGGCGAAACAGAUAUGCUACCCCUCACCCACCUUACUCCCAAGACCUUGCUUGGUGCUGGUGGCGAUAAAAGAGAGACAAUUGGACAUCUAUAUGCCAGUCAAAUUGCGAGCGCUAUUGUGAAGAGGAACCCCGAGGAGACGAGAACACUAAUGGUAGGCUUUGGGCUGGAAAAAGUGGACAUGGAGCGGGAAGCGUUCUUUGAUCUAGUUGAACUGGUCCACAAAGUCAUUUGA